AUGAGCUUGAAGCCUGAACAUUACGUCUAUAACUGGAUUCAUAGUAAUGUGGAACGGGCUGGAAGAAAUCUCUUCCAGGUCAAAGGUCACCGCUCUGCUCUAUUACCGGAUAUACAUUGGAAUUACAGAGGUUCCAGUUCUGUCUUCAGAUACAAAACUAAAAUGGACAGCGCCCAAGGUAUGAAGGUUUUGCUGGCUGAAGAGGGGAGAAAUGAGGAAGAUAUAGAACAGGACGAGCUGGCAUUGGGAGCCACAGCGGCAAAAGGGAGAGAAGAAAGAGAAUUAAGUGGAGAGGGUUCCGCCUCCGCCUCCGACGACGACGACGCCUACACAGCCACCGCUGCUGCUGCUGACACUUCAGACCUUGUAGAUGAAGAUGUGAACAAGGAAGAUGAUGGCGUCAAUGGAGACCAGAAUGAGCCCAUCCUUGAACAUGCUGAGGGAGAGAGUUUCCAGGCUGCGCCAAGGCAGGUGCCACGACGUCGAUUGCGCCAUAGAUUCACCCAGUGGCAGCUAGAGGAACUAGAGAGCAUUUUCCAGACCAAUUGUAUCCUCAGUGUAGAAGCAAGGAGACAAUUGGCCAGAUGGAUGGGUGUAACUGAAGCCAUAGUGAAGAGAUGGUUUCGGAAGAGGAGAGAACAAUACAGGCGCUAUAAGAGGCUAUAAGGUCUCAGAAGUUCUCCUCCUGCUUCUCGGAACAUCUUUCCCUGAAGACUGUGGAGGAGCCCUGGAGUGCCACUCUAGCCCAAACAAUGCAUAGAGAUGAUUUUUUUUUCUGCUACUAAAUAUAUAUAUAUUAUUAUACUCUAAUCUCUAAAGCACAUGUAUUUCAGUAACAAUAUGAAUUUUCAAUAUAUCUGUGUAGCAUGCCUCCUGAUUCAGUAAAA